AUGAACACCGGCGGGGGGAUGGCUGCUCGGGUGAAAAUAGGUUGUUUCACAUCGGUUGGAAAUCUUUCUUGGAGCCCGAUGACGAGGCCAUUCAGGGAUCUCGAAGCGUGUCGGUCCGGAUUCAGACACCACCUGACGCAAAAAGAAGAAGAAAUAAUCAUGGUUUUACGUGAAGUUGUGUCGGCUGGGAGAGUUUCGGGGCCCGGGGCGCUUCGUCUUCCGAGCUCCGGCGCCGCAAAGUUUUUGAAACUCCGACAACUUGUGGUUCCUUUACCAACACCGAGUCACCUGCUUGAACCCAGCCCACACGCGUAUCCUACUUCCGCUACAAGCGACCAAACAAUGGCAUCUGACGACGGACAUGUUCGGGUGACCUAUGAGGAUAUCCACACGACUAUCGCUAACGCUUCUGCAACGAUCCGGGAUGAGUUCGGGCCCGAAAUUAUGAUCGCCAUUGGAGGCGGCGGGUUUUUUCCAGCGAGAGUAUUGCGGACGUUUCUGAAGGAUCCCAGCAAGAAAAACAUCCCGAUCCAGGCCAUCGGAUUGUCGUUGUAUGAGGAGCUGGGGACGAGCGACCAGGCCGACGGGCUGCCGACUACCGAGGAAAAAGUCGGCAAGGAAGUCGUCAGGACUCAAUGGCUUGACUUUACAACUCUAGGCCGGAACCCGCUUUUAGGCAAGAGGAUAUUGAUAGUCGACGAAGUAGACGACACCCGGACGACGCUCUCGUAUGCGAUCCACGAGCUGGAGAAAGACGUGCAGAGCCAGCUGGCUAAGCUCAGUGCGGCCGAACAGGCCCAGCUCCCGGCCACCCGAUUCGCCAUCUUUGUCGUCCACAACAAGGACAAACCGAAGGCGGCUAGCAUCCCCGGGCACAUCAAAUACUUCGCCGGCAAGACCGUCGGGGAUCUGUGGAUCGAUUAUCCAUGGGAAGCCAAGGAUAUUGAUGCCCAUAACAAGUUGGCCCAGGCGUCGGGCUCGCCAAAACUACCAUGA